GCUCUGGCGUCAACCAGACGGAAACGUAAAAAAGAGGACGUAGUGACGCAGUUUUAAAACAACAUGUCUGCGCCCUUAAGGACACAAUGUUAGCAUCUCUAUUCAUUUUACAAAAAUACAGAAGACGGGUAACGCUUAAUCCGUUUUCUGUAUCGUGACAAAAAGACGUAUUCCUGUAAGAGGCUGCGUUGUCAUUUACUAUGAUCCUGAUUUCUGGAGGUGUUUUGGUCACUCUCGUCAUGAGUUUGGGCUCAAGAAAAGUGCCUCGAUCUUUCCCAAGACUGUGUAAAAGACUGAUACAUGUCACACAGCGUGACCAAAAUAGUGGGUCCCAACCACCGAGUGAGUCCCAAAAAUCUUCUCCAGUCAAGGAGUUUUCAGGAAUUGAAAAAAUGAGAAAAAAACCUAACAACUGUUCGGUGCUACUCUUUCCUGGACAGGGAAGUCAGUUCGUGGGUAUGGGUCGUGGGCUUUUGAAGUACGGUACCGUAAAGGACAUGUUUGCAGUUGCACAGAAAAUUUUGGGUUACGAUUUGCUCUCCAUGUGUCUUCACGGACCAGCGGAGGAACUGAUGAAAACAGUACACUGUCAACCCGCAAUUUUUGUCACGUCACUGGCAGCGGUGGAGAAACUAAACCACGAAAACCCCCAUGCUAUCGAGACGUGCGUGGCAGCUGCAGGCUUCAGUGUGGGAGAGUUUGCGGCCUUGGUAUUCUCUGAUGCCAUGGAUUUUGCUGAAGCCCUGUAUGCGGUGAAAGUGAGAGCUGAGGCCAUGCAGAAGGCCUCUGAACUGAUCCCUAGCGGUAUGCUAUCAGUUAUUGGUCGGCCACAGGCAAAGUACAACUAUGCCUGCCUGCAGGCCAGAGAACAUUGCCUCAGUCUGGGCAUCCAACAUCCUGUCUGCAGCGUGGCCAACUACUUGUUCCCAGAUGGCAGAGUCAUCGCUGGGCAUCGUGAGGCGCUUGAUUUCCUGCAGCAAAACUCCCGGCAGCUUAACUUCCUGAGGGCGCGGCCCCUCCCUGUGAGCGGGGCCUUCCAUACCCAGCUGAUGGAGCUGGCCACCGAGCCCCUCAGAGAUGUCCUACAACAGGUGGAGGUGCGGCGGCCGGAGAUCAGCGUGUACUCCAACGUGGACGGCAAGCGCUACAUGCACGAGGGCCACGUGCGCAAGCAGCUGGUCAAGCAGCUGGUGUCACCAGUGAAAUGGGAGCAGACUCUCCACGAGGUGUACGAGAGGACUCAGGGUCAGAGUUUCCCCCACACCUACGAGGUGGGACCUGGGAAACAGCUGGGGGCCACGCUGCAGAAGUGCAACAUGAAGGCCUACAAGAGCUACACGCACGUGGACGUCAUUACUCACGAGGACUGAGGAGGGGGAGACAUGCCAGCGUGCACACGCAUGGACAGUGACAGUUCGAUGUGUGCCAGUGCAGACAUCACACGGACCUGAACAUUGAGGGGAGUCAUGCUGGACACACACGGACACACUGGUGUGAGAGCUAAGACUGUAAACUCAGCCUUUAUGUAACAAACGCAUUCAUCCUGGCUGUUUCUUUUUUCUUGUGUUGAAUAAAUAUUUUGCCAUUGUAAAUAAAUCAAUGCCUUUUGUCUGUAAAGUUUUAUUUUGAUGAUAGAGUAAUGAAUGUCCAAUUGUGGAAUUGAAAGACCAGCUUUCUUUGACUGGUGAAACAAGCUAGGUUACAUGAUGAAAUUGCUAAUCCAAUUGGCCUCAUUAACCAGUAAAAGACUCAAUCUUCAUACAAAAUACUGCAGGCCAGCAAUGGUUUUCUGAAACAUGCUCCAACCAGUUUUCAAGUUGACAAAAACAACAUCUGUGAUCCUGCACAUCAAUUCAAAUUCAAUACCACUUAUAACAAUCAAUCGAAUAGAGAAGUUACAGCAUAAAAGAGAGAAUGCAGUUUAUAAGAUAAAAAACUAAAAUA